AUGACAGACUCUGGAGCGUUGGUGACGGUGCAGAAGAUCUACUACCCCCUGCUGUGCUCUGUGGGGGUCCCAGGUCAGUCUGCUGUGCUCUGUGGGGGUCCCAGGUCAGUCUGCUGUACUCUGUGGGGGUCCCAGGUCAGUCUGCUGUACUCUGUGGGGGUCCCAGGUCAGUCUGCUGUGCUCUGUGGGGGUCCCAGGUCAGUCUGCUGUGCUCUGUGGGGGUCCCAGGUCAGUCUGCUGUACUCUGUGGGGGUCCCAGGUCAGUCUGCUGUGCUCUGUGGGGGUCCCAGGUCAGUCUGCUGUGCUCUGUGGGGGUCCCAGGUCAGUCUGCUGUGCUCUGUGGGGGUCCCAGGUCAGUCUGCUGUGCUCUGUGGGGGUCCCAGGUCAGUCUGCUGUGUUCUGUGGGGGUCCCAGGUCAGUCUGCUGUGCUCUGUGGGGGUCCCAGGUCAGUCUGCUGUGCUCUGUGGGGGUCCCAAGUCAGUCUGCUGUGCUCUGUGGGGGUCCCAGGUCAGUCUGCUGUGCUCUGUGGGGGUCCCAGCCAAUCUCUUCACAUUCUACAUGAUCUGCUUCCACAAGUGCGGCAUGUCCAAGUCGGCCAUGGUGUACCUGAGCUGCCUGGCCAUCGUGGACACGUUCUACUGCGUGUGGGUGAUCCUGGUGGACCUGACCCUGACCUUCUGGCUGGUGCGCCCCUUCUGGCACUCCCAUCCCUGGUGCAACAUCCUGGGCUUCCUGCAGUACGGCGCCCUCUACAGCUCCUCCUGGAUCGUGGUCGUCUUCACCAUCGAGCGUUACCUUGUCCUCCGCAGCACCCGCGCCAAGCAGCACUUCUCCAAAUCCAGCCUGACCAAGAUCAUGUGCGUGGGCAUCGUCCUGGCCUCCCAUCUGGUCUCCGUGCCCCUGGGAUGGAUCAACUUUGUCUCCACGGGGAACUAUACUCCAACAGAUGGAACCAACGGGUCUUUGCCGCGGUGCCGCUACCGAGACGCCACCUACACCACCGUGAUUGUUUGGAUCACUACUUUUCUGUCUGGAGGUGUGCCUAUUGUGCUUGUUAUUAUAUUCAACUACCUGAUUGGGUACCACCUGUCCAGGGCCAACAACCUCUUCACCAAAGAAGAGCGGCGUGUGAUGCAGGGCAGGAGCCGGGGCGUUCUGCGAAGGACCCUGCUCCUGCUGGGGACCGUGUCUGUGGCCUUCGUGGUGCUCAGUCUCCCGCGGUUCGUCACUUACUGCAUCCUCAGAACUAUGCAUAACGAAGAGGACUUUGAUCGGGACGACUACAGCCUCCCCAUCAACGUGGCGGGGGACGUGGCCAACAUGCUGCAGAACCUGAACUCCACCACUAACUUUCUGCUGUACUGUAUGGUCAGCAGGAGGUUCCGGAGGGAGAUCGUCCGGGCCCUCACCUGCUCAGCGGACGCACCACGGGUCUCUGCGACCUACAGCCAAAGCACGAUGAAGGUGUUCUCUGUGACUGAGCGGAGAGCGCCUCCCACUGGUGGAGCGCGUCACUGCAAUAGCUAA